UCGUCAGAAAAACAGUCACUAAGAUGAAUUUGAACAUAUUGGCAGAACGUACAACACUGUCAAAGACGUGCGGAUGUGUACAAGCGUUAGAUGAUGGAGAUGCUCCUCAGCGAUUAGAAUUUCGUCGCUGGCUACUUGAACAACAUGUACAAAAUGAUAGAUUCAUUUCGCUGAUCGUGUGGUCUGAUGAAACGUGUUUUACUAGAGACGGCAUAAAUAAUAAUCAUAAUGAACAUAUCUGGGCGUUACAAAAUCCGCAUGCAGUUAGAUCGAGACGAUUUCAGCAAAAGUACUAUCUGUCAAGGUUUGUCAUAGAGUUUGUAGAACACCCUGUACACCUAUAAUACCUGUUUUGUUUGAGUCCAGUAUAUCAUCUGUUUUGUCUUGAAUUUUGUCAUCGUCUUUCACGUUAUCUAAUCAUCAACAUAUCAACAUAUUUACGGCUAAAAUCAGACAAAAACAUAUUUUUGGUGCAUCGGUAAGUCAUCAAAAUCAUUAAAAAUAAUGCAAACAGAUAUUUGCAGAUUGCAGUUUGAUAUAACAGAUCAACCAUCAAAAUAAAUAAUUCUUGAAAGUAUUUUUAAUUUUAUAUUAUUAACAGGUGAUUAAAACCUUAUUAAUUUCGUGAACGGAUUUGAAGAUCAAAAGGGCGGCGUAUUUGAAGUUAAAAGAUAAGUAAUACAGAAGCUGAAUUGAUUAUCUGGGGAUUAAUUGAGGA